AAUACGCUACAAACACAAUGGGGCGUCUCCUGAUUGCAAUUAGCAGCUAUAGAACUUCACUGAUUUUGCUGGUCAACCUUUUCUUGAUUCUAAAUGGCCAAAACAGGUUUGCUGCUGCUGUCAGCGCCGAAAGCAGAGUUCACAUAGUUUAUAUGGGUGAGAGGCAGCAAAAUGAUCCCAAGCUCAUCACCGAGUUUCAUCAUGACCUGCUCGCAACAAUUGUUGGAAGCAAAGAGGCUGCCGUUGACUCAAUGGUCUACACUUAUAAACAUGGCUUCUCAGGAUUUGCAGCCAAGCUCACAGAAUCUCAAGCCCAACAAAUUUCAGAGCUAGCUGAAGUUGUUCAUGUCAUACCAAAUCGCUUUCACUCACUGCAAACAACAAGAACUUGGGAUUACCUUGACAUCUCUUCCUACUCUCCCUUCAAUCUUCUACAUGACACCGAUAUGGGUGAUGGAAUAAUCAUUGGUCUCUUGGACACAGGAGUAUGGCCUGAAUCGGUAGUAUUCAAUGAUGAAGGGCUUGAGCCAAUUCCAGCCCGGUGGAAAGGAAAUUGUGAAUCUGGUCAGCUCUUUAAUGGUACCACAGAUUGCAACAGAAAACUGAUAGGCGCAAAGUAUUUCAUUGAUGGUUUUCUGGCCGGAAACAAUCAGCCAUUCAACACUACUGAUAACCCAGAUUACAUGUCUCCUAGAGAUAGUUUUGGUCAUGGCACACACACAUCCACUAUUGCUGGAGGUUCCUUUGUAGCUAAUGCAAGCUACAAAGGCCUUGCCCUUGGAACAUCAAGAGGCGGUGCACCCCGGGCUCGUAUUGCCAUGUACAAGGUUUGCUGGAAUGUCCCCCAAGGGCAAUGCUCAUCUGCUGAUAUACUGAAAGCCUUUGAUGAAGCCAUACACGACGGGGUUGAUGUGUUAUCACUGUCACUUGGCACUCAAAUUCCCCUGUUUGCAGAAGUCGAUGAGCGUGAUGGGAUUGCCAUUGGUUCAUUCCAUGCUGUAGCCAAUGGGAUUCCCGUUGUUUGUGCUGCUUCAAAUUUUGGACCUGCUGCUCAAACAGUCCAUAACACAGCACCCUGGAUCAUAACAGUAGCAGCAACCACCCUUGAUCGGUCCUUUCCUACACCCAUUAUGCUUGGGAAUAACGUAACCAUACUGGGUCAAGCCUGGUAUGCAGGAAAAGAGAUUGGAUUAACUGGUUUGGUUUAUCCAGAGAACCCAGGACUGCGUCCUACAUUAGCAGGGGUAUGUGAAUCCCUUUCUUUCAACCAUACUUCAGUUGAUGGAAAGGUGGUUCUCUGCUUUACUACAGUGACCGGGAGAAGUGCAGUGUCAAGUGCUGUAUCAGCUGUGAGAGCAGCUGGUGGUGUUGGGUUGAUUGUAGCUAAGAAUCCUGGUCAUGUUAUGGGUCCAUGUGGAGACGACUUUCCAUGUGUUGUGGUAGACUAUGAGCUUGGCACUCAAAUUCUAUUCUACAUUCGUUCUGCUAGGUCUCCCACGGUAAAAAUAAGUCCUUCUAAAACACUAGUUGGGAAGCCUGCCUCAAUUAAAGUUGCCACCUUUUCAUCUAGAGGGCCCAGCUCCAUCACUCCAGCCAUUCUGAAGCCAGAUAUAGCUGCUCCUGGUGUAAGUUUAUUAGCAGCUAGUUCUCCCUUAGAUCCCUUUAUGAAUGGUGGGUUUGGCCUUCAUUCUGGAACAUCAAUGGCAGCUCCUGUCAUAUCAGGCAUUAUUGCGCUUCUCAAAUCAAAACACCCCAAUUGGUCCCCUGCUGCCAUUAGAUCAGCAAUUGUAACGACAGCCUGGAAGAAUGAUCCAUUAGGAGAACCUAUCUUUGCUGAGGGGUCCCCUCGGAAACUAGCUGAUCCAUUUGAUUUCGGUGGUGGCCUAGUGAACCCGAACAGAGCAUCAAAACCCGGUCUUGUCUAUGACAUGGAUACUGAUGAUUAUGUGCAUUACCUCUGUGCUGUGGGUUACAAUAACUCAGCUAUCUCAAAGCUUGUAGGGCAAGGCAUUGCAUGCCCAAGUGCCAAGCCCUCCGUUCUGGAUGUGAACGUACCAUCGAUCACCAUUCCAAACCUGAGAAACUCUGCUACCCUCACUAGAAGAGUCACAAAUGUUGGCCCUCCCAAUUCCACAUACAAAGCACUGGUUGAACCUCCAUUUGGCAUAACCGUAACCGUAACGCCCAAUAUCCUUGUUUUCCACUCUACGGCUCAGGAGAUCUCAUAUCAAGUUAGAGUCUCCACCUCCCACCAUGUAAAUACAGGAUACUAUUUUGGCAGCCUAACCUGGACGGAUGGAGUACACAACGUGACCAUUCCCAUAUCUGCAAGAACCCAGAUUUUGCAAAAUUAUGCUGAUGAAAAUUAAAGACUUCCACAGUUCUAUAUUCAUUUACAGAAUGACUGUAAAAUAAUUAAGUAAUCAAAUGGAGAAAUAAGGGGCGUACUGCUAAAGCCAAGUCUGAUAGGUUUUCUGUCAUGUGAAAGUGUAGACCAGUAAACCGUGGAUUGAAAAGAAAAUUUAAUGUUCAAUUAUUUGU